CGCCCAACCCCCUGGGGCCUGUCGGUGCUCCAGACCAGUCGGGUGCUCCCGCCACCAAAACAGUCCGCCUCGCCUCGACGUUACGUACAAUUGCCAGCGCAUCACUGCUCUAGCCGCUCCACUCGGCCCGACAUUUCCAUUGGCACUCACGGGUUGCCCCGAGUUAUCAAGGGAUGCGUGUCGCUGUAUAAACGUUUGGCUGCUGCGCGUUGCUUUGUUUGAACCUGUUUUUCCUAUGAUGCCACGAGAAAUUCCAGAGCUCGAUCUGGACUUCAAAAUUUAUGUCGACCCUUCCUGUUUGAGCGAACUAAUGAGCGACGAAACCCCAACAACCGAGAUGCCGCCCUCGCCCGAAGAGGUCCAGGAGGAGCCUACCGUUGUCCCCGAGACACUGGAGGAGGUGAUUACGGAAGAGGCGGUGGAGGGUACAGAGGAAGUACCUCAGGGUGCUGCUGCGGCAGAGGCACGGGCCACACAAGAACACCCAACGCAGGAGUCGGACCAAGCACCACCAUAUGUCGAUGCUGCUAUCAAGGAACAACAACCGGGGUCGGAGCCCAUGGCGAAGUCUUCCGACAAGCCAUCAGCGACCGAGGUUAAGGAAGUAGCCCAGGUCACCGCCGAAGCUGACGAGACCUUAACCCGCGAAGACACCCCGGCCCCGGAACCGAGCCCAGAGACUGAGGCCGUUCAAGAACUAGAGACUGGCUCUGGGACUGGCCCUGAACCUGAGCCAGUCGAGGAACCUGUCACCGAAACGGAACAACCGUUAAUGCCUGUCACUGACGAUGUGGUUCCCAAGACCGAGACAAACGACGCAGCCGAGCCCGAACAGGCCGAGCAGUCUGCCGCCGACCCUAUCCCGGAACUAGAAAAACGUGAACAUCACCGACAAUGCGAUGAAGUGAUAGCACCAGGGCCGAGCUCACUUAUUACUGAGGCACCAUCUGAAACCCCAGCCGAAGACGCUGUCCUUCCUCAAGCGACACAGCAAGCCCAGGAUGAAGAGAGCCAAGACCUCCCAGACACUUCCAAGCCCAGGCCCAACAGCAAGAACACCAACGUCGAGGAGGAAAAUUGCGACCGCCGCCGCAGCUUUGUCGACAGAAAAACGUCCCUCCGCACAGAGGCCCUCAUCCAGGCUGCCGCGCGCGCCGUCGUCGCCAAGAUCGAGAAGCGCAAGAGCGGAGAAGCGGUCAGGCAAGACGAGGACGACUUUGACAAUUCGCUCCUCAGCACCGGCUCGCAGGACACCUACAUCCUCGGCGACGACGUUCCGAGCACCUACAUCGCGCGUCCAUCUUCCAGCCGCCGGCAAUCUUCCGACACUCACAUCCGCCACAUCCCCCCACGCUCCAUAUCCAGCGAUGAUGCCGGUGACAGCAGUUCUCACAACGAGCCUGACGACGAUGUGUUUAGCGACCGCAGCGCGCGGAGCUCUCUCUGCUCGCUCGACGCCCACGACACCGACAUCAAGACCCCCCAGGCCAAGGAGCACCUCUCACGCCGCGAAUCCUACGCCUCCAGCACCAGCCACUCCCCGCGCGCCGUGUCAGGCUUCUCCACUAUUUCGGGCCUCUCCCAGUACGACGACAAGCAUUUCAUCCCUACCAAUCGCGAGACACGCAUGCCCUUCCGCACACCCUCCGAGAUCCGCGCCAUGCAGAUGGCCUCGCCCACUCCCUCCGUCUUCAACGGCAGCUCCCCCCGAUCCAGUAAGCGCUUCCAGCAGCAAUCUCUCUCACGUCUCGGCAGCCCUACCGUCUCGGCUCAGUACUCGCCCAGAAACCGCUCCACUCCGCCGCGCCUCAAGCCCCGCAAAGAGGCCGCGCCGCUCGUGCUCCUGCACGUCACCCUCCUACCGCUGCGCUGGGUCUGGGGCGAUGUCCUCAACGGCCUGGACUCGGUAAUGCAGGGGGCCAAGGCCCUCAGUGCACUCGACGAGACGACGACAACGGCAGAACCGUAUCUGUCGUCAUUCGAGCCGUCCGAGCAGCUCAAGAUGCUGCGCGACGCCUGGCGCGAACUGCAGGACCGCGUUGGGGAUACGGUGCUUGAAAGGGGCAUCUUGCUGCCACACCCGCAGAACGAUUACGAAGUGCUUGAGGAGCGGCUGCUCGAGGCGCUAGAGCUGCCGGUCCGGCGCCGGGCCAGGAUCCUGGAAUGUGGGCAUUAUCUCGGGCCGGCGAAUUCCCACGCCUUGGAGGACGAGAGUGAAGAUGAGGAUGAUUUGCGGGAGGGCAAGACAGAGGAGAAGAGGCAUUGGUGUAACACGUGCCGAAAUGAGAUCCGCUAUGAGGACCUUGGGCCGGGGAAGGUGUUUCGCGUCAAGGUGUAUGCCAGUAAUGGGCUGAUGCGGGCUGGCGCCUGGGAGGCGUGCUGGAAGGAGAUGGAGAGGGUUGAUGUCGAGGUUGAGCCGAUUGUGGAUGUGGUGGUGCAGAAUCAGCUGGAGCGGCUGGGGGUGCUGCAGUUGGAGUUGGAGGAGCAGCAGCGCCGGCAGGAGCUAGAGCUGGAGCUGGAACUGCGGCGCACGCCUGAGCCAGAGGGGUUGGCCAAAAGAGCGGCCUCGCCAGACGAGGCACUGCGUGCUCCGAGCCGGCAGCAGACUGAGCAUGACACGGCCGCCCAAACCGCCCUCAUGUCUUCCCCUCCCCCGUCUGCAAUGCAGCUGACGCAAUCGUCAACCACGCUUGUCCGCGCCGCUACACCCAGUCCGUAUCAAGCCAAGUCACGCCCCACCGAGCCGAUUGACACCUCGGAGGAGCGCCGGCGCCGCGACGAGGAACGGCUCCGCGAAAUCUACGGCGACACCGGGCCCGCUCCAGUCCCAGCGCAGCUCCCUGCUCCACCGAUGCAGGCUGCUGUCGAGCACCAUCACCACUCACAAAGCCAACCCUACCUCCAAUCCAACGCCCUGACCACCGCGCAUCCUCCCAUGCCACUGCUCACCGACAAUUCGUCCCCAUCCCUCCACCACCGCCACCAUACGGGCAGUCACCAGUACCAAAGCGACCCCCACAACACCCACCCCACGCCACCGCCAGAGGACAUAUACGCCUCCGGUGCCACUCAUCAUCAGCCUGCCAGCGGGAGGCGUAACAGCGCCCAGGGUCAGAGUACCCGAUUCCGUUCCAACCCUAUUGUCCUAGACGAAAACUCGGGUUUCGUCGAGCUGCUGAUGGAGGCGUUCAAGGUCCUGCUCCGCGACCCCAAGAAUGUGGCCAUCAUUGUGCUAUGCGUGUUCGUGGUCGUCAUGAUGAAGCACCGGCCGGGUAUGGGCAUGGAGGCGGGGUUACAGGUGCAGCCUGGUGGUGGUGCUGUUGCGCCUGCUGGUGCUGGUGCUCUUUUGCAGGCAUAUCAAUAUCAGGUUGAGCCUAGGCAGGAGGAGGUGCUGGCUCAGGUGCAGGCGGGAUGGGGAACGGAGAUGGGAGAUGUUGUGGGUGGUCAGGUUGUGGAAGCGGGUGGCGCUUCUGCGAAGACAGUUGAGUCUGAGGACAGUAUGCAGGUGCCGUCUCCUGAGGUCUUUGUCUCUGAAGAUGUCGCGUCCCGGGGGACCGACACCGUCACUGUGAUUGAAGAGGGGGGCGGUAUGGCUGAGGUGGAGCAGACUUUGGAGGUAGAGGCUGUCCUUGCUGAUGAGCAGGUCUCCCAACCAGAGGUCGUGGGUGCGGAGGAGGUGGACGGUAACGGGCGCAUGACAGAUGUUUGUGCUUUGCCGGGGCUGGAGUAUCCUGUCAACAUGGUCGGAGGGGUGGCGCUGUAUCAGGAGGAACCUGGAGUCGAGGAAGCUGUUGAAGGGAAGGCUGAGCACGGCUCUUCACGUUCGCUGGAAGAGGGGGAGCAAGUUGAUCUGAUGGACUCGAAUCCGAUCGAUGACGCAGCUGAGGCUGUUCCGUCCGAUCCCGACCCUGAAGCGGCCCAAACUCCAUCAUCGUUUCAGGCUGUUGAAGGGGCACAAACGGACGUUGAACAGGCCUCGGACAAGGACGAGUUUACUGCCAUAGCACCAUCAACUGACGACCUCGACACCUCCAUAAAGGUCCCGGCUGACCACAAACAGAAGCCCAUCGGCGACAGCUGCGAAGCCGACCUCGACAUGGACGAAGCCAUUCCCACCACCACCACCACUUCCGCCCUCUCAUCCACCGCCUCGCUCUUCAUCCCCGGCCCGUUCGUUACGGAGCGCAAGACGGUCCGGGUUUUUGAGACGGUCACCGAGACGGUACGGGUCAGCGUCGUCACGCAGACCGAGACGGUGUCGACGGUGGUGACUGCCGUGCCGCAGACGGUCGAAGAGACGGUGUACGAGACAGAGACGGUGCGGAUUACGGUCUCGGUGCCGGUUGAGGAGCAGAUGGGGGCGAAGGCAAAGGCAAAGGCGAAGGGGACCAAGGGGUGUAAGAAGGGGUGGUUUUAGAGGGCUCCAUAUUGGCAAUCUGGAAGGUUUUGAUGGGUGUGGUGAAUGGCGGAUGUUGAGUGACGAAACUGAUGUUUGUGGAGAUGUCAUGGCCAUGGAUGGAUGCAAGUGCGAACGAGAUUGAUGCAUGCAUGAGAGGAGGAUAUGGUUUCUUUUGUGUUUAGUUUCUUUUGUGUUUAGUUUCUUUUUUGUGUUUAGUUUCUUUUGUGUUUAGUUUCUUUUGUUGGCUGAUGUUAGCAUGCAUAGCGACAGUAAACUGGAUAUGCCUGAUGAUAAUAGAGUUGUCGAAAGUUACCAA